AUGGCAGGUGGAAAUCAAACACCGGUGAAGGAAUUCAUCCUCCUUGGUUUCUCUGGUAUCCCAAGGGCCCAUGCCUUCCUAUUCCUGGUCUUCUUCACAAUCUACUUGCUUUCCAUGAUUGGGAACACCACGCUAAUCACCCUGAUCCGGCUGGAUUCCCGCCUUCACAGCCCCAUGUACUAUUUCCUCAGCCACCUGUCCUGCUUGGAUGUUUGCAACUUAUCUGUCACUGUCCCCAAGAUCCUGGCUAACUUAGCGAGCCAGAAAUCAACUAUUUCAUACAAAGAGUGCAUGGCCCAGAUGUUCUUCCUGAUGACAUCGACGGGGACAGAGAGUAUCUUGCUGGCCGUCAUGGCCUACGACCGCUAUGCUGCCAUUUGCCAACCGCUACACUACAAUAAUCUCAUGAGCAGUCAGGUCUAUGUCUCUCUGGCCAUUUUUUCAUGGCUUGGCGGCAUCUUGAACUCAGCUACCCACACUGCCCUGGCCACCAAUCUGUCCUUCUGUGGAGCCAAUCGGAUUGACCACAUAUUCUGUGAUGUUCCACCACUCCUUAAAAUCACCUGCAGCGACACCUACGUCAACGAGAUGGUCAUUCACAUCUUCAGCAUCUUUAUGGCAGUGGGUCCAUUCCUACUUAUCGUCAUCUCAUACGUCUACAUUGUGUCCGCCAUCUUGCGGAUUCGCUCCAACACCAGCCGGCGCAAGGCCUUUUCUACGUGUUCUUCCCAUGUGGCAGUGGUCAUCAUCCACUUUGGGAUGGCCAAUGUGAACUACAACCGCCCCGGUGCUGACUACUCCUCGGAAGUCAACAUUCUGGUCUCCACACUGUAUUGUAUCAUCACACCCAUGCUGAACCCGCUCAUCUACAGCUUCCGCAACAAGGACGUGAAGAAUGCCCUGGGGAAAGUGCUGGGGCUGCAGAGGAAGGCAUUCACUUCCCCAAAGAAGCAAUGA